AUGGGUUCGAACAAUGUUGACGACCCGAAAAUGCCCCAAGUUGGUACAAUUAUCAAGCAUCCCACGUAUGAUUUUCAAGUGAUCCGAGUUUUGGCAUCAGGACCUUUCAGCGAUGUGUUUAUCGUCCGAGAAACCCGCUCCAGCAAGUUGUACGCAAUGAAAGUGGAAAGGGAGGAAGGCAACAUAAGGUGAGGAGCUUAUUCUUUAUUUUUUCGAAUUUUAGGUAUCAAGUUGAUGAGAAACGGCUAAAAAUAGUCAGAACUUUAUCAAAAACACCAUUUCAGGCCAGUUCUAAAGCUAGAUGUCUUCGUCUUAACUCAACUUGGCGUUCACAUUGGCUUUCCACAGCUAUUGGCGGCUUAUCGAACCAAGUACUACAAGUUUGCCGUAAUGCAGCUAGUGGGACCGGAUUUGGGCCGAUUACGUCGAGCUAUGCCUGGAAAACGCUUCUCAACGUCCACGGCCCUUCAAAUUUGCAUUCAAACCCUGAGACGGAUCGAAACAUUGCAUGAUUUGGGCUGGUUAUGUCGGGAUAUUAAGGCGCCAAACUUUGCUAUUGGAUCGGAUGAUAGAGAUGGCAUUGUUUAUAUGCUUGACUUUGGGUUUGCUAGGAGAUAUCGGUGGGUUUGGUUUUAAAUUCUUGUUUUAGACCAUUUUCGACCACUUUUGAGUUUUUUCUUCUUGUUCGACUUGAUUUUCUAGUUUUUUUGCUUGUUUUCGACAAAGUUUUUAUUGUUUGGGUAACAGUUAAUUACAUUUUUGUAUUUUAGAUGCUUUACUUUUCAUCUGCGAGACUUUUGCGGUUUUUUACCAUUUUUUUGUCAUAACUUUUGUACAAAUGCAGUUAAACGCUCAAAAUUUAAAGUGAGAGUAUAUUAUUGAUUUUGACAAUUAGCGAUAAAAAGAAAAUUUUUAAUUUUACCGCAUUUUUUGAGUUACAGUAAGUUUACCGUAAUUUACUUUUUUUAAGGUUUUUUUUGGGCAUAAAUGGGCUUUAUAGGCUUUGUAAAUGAAUUAUCUUUAGGUUUUGACUUUUUUUUGUGUUUAAAAUUUUUUUGUUCACAUAUUUUUAAAAUUUUCAGAAGUUUUUGAAAUUUAAAUUUUUUUGAAAUUUUAAAAGUUUUUGAAAAUUUUUAGUUUCAUUCUUAUUUUCACAUUUUCAGAGACAAAUUUGGCAAUCUGUUACCACCAAGACCGGCGGCAGCCUUAUUAGGGACGAUCCACUACGCUUCGCUGGCUUCACAUCAGAAUCAAGAACAAUGUCGACGAGACGACCUGGAGAGCUGGCUGUAUAUGUGUGUCGAACUGUGCGCCGGGUCACUACCAUGGGCAAAGCUGGACCCAUUAAAACAUCAUAAAAUCAUCUGCGAUUGGAAACAAUUCAUUCGGGUUCAUGGCCGCGAACUCUUCUUCCAGGACUGUCCUGAAGAGCUGGACCAUAUCCUGUCCAUCAUUGAUAGCUUGAGGUGAGGAGAGGGGUUUUGGAGGGUGGGUAGGGUAGGGCAAGUUAAGCUCAACCAUUCUGUCAACCAUUCUAAGGUAGGAAUGGUUGAGAGAGGGGGAGGGGUAUGGUAGGAUAGGGUAAGUAGGGUAUGGUAGGGUAAGGUAGGGUAUGGUAGUAUAAAAUAGGGCAAUAUAAGGUAUGGUGCGGUAGAGUAGGGUAAAGGUACUAAGUUGUCACUUCCAGCUUCACCGACCGUCCCCACUACGAAAUGAUGGAAUACCAACUAAGGCUGGCACAAGAGCGCCUAAACCUCGACCCAUACGCCAAACUGGACUGGCAACACACGCCAAUGCUGAAACAGAAGGCCAAUUUUGUGGGCGAAAUUGGCCAAUCCAACCAGGCCUCGCUGGAAAUGCGAAACUUUAUGAAUCCGGCAUCAGAAGCCAUGAUCCGUCACGCAGAACAAAAUUCCGAAGCCAGAAUCCGGCACGCUGAAGAUCAAGGCAUGACUGGUCGUCCAGAAGCCAUGAUUCGCCGACCAGAAGAGGAAUCUGGAGUCAUGACAGCCGUUGAACCGCAGUACUCAUUCACUAAUACCGCGUUGGAGCUGAGCCCGAGGAACAAAAUUAAAAACUGA